AUGGAAGAAGAAGAAGUGAAUGUAGAAGAUUUUUGGAAAGAAUAUUAUAACGUACCAUUAUCAACUUUAUUGUUUAAAUGUAGUGGAAUUAUUCCUUUAUGUGUUUGUCAACAUCAAGGAGAUGGAAAACAUAGAGAAAUUAUUUAUAGAUGUAAAACAUGUGGAAUAGAUGAUACUUCGUGUAUUUGUUCUACUUGUUUUUCAAAAGGGAACCAUGAAGGACAUGACGCAUAUGCGUAUGCAACAGCAGGAACAUUUACAUGUGAUUGUGGAAAUGAACGUGCAUGGAAAAGAAGUGGAUUUUGUAGUGAACAUGGAAAUCAAUUUAAAGGGAAUGUUGUUGAACAAAUACCUUCAGAAUUUAAAGGGAUUGAGAUUGUUUUAGAAAAAAUGAUUAAUGAAAUAGCAAUUCAAAGUCAACAAGAAAUGAACUCGAAAGUACAAAAAAUUCUUAUUGUAAUAAAUGCACUUACAUCAUGCAACUUAUUUUUUCUUCUCUUUGCUGAUAUUUGUAAUAAAAAUAUUCCUAAUUUUAUUCAUUCUUCAAUUAAAGAAAAGUUAAAUAAAAAAUCAUUAUCUUAUUUUGAAUAUUUCUUUGAAUUAUGUUUUACUCGUGGAAUUGGUUGUGAGAAUUUAAAAGAAUUUUUAACUAAGUAUAUGACUGAAUUACAUCUCUUUAAAUUCUCUCCUGAAAUAAUUUAUCAAUUGUCUAUUGACUCAAUUAGUGGAUCAUUUAAUAAUGAAAAGCUAGUACAAGAUCUCACAUUUCAUUUUACUAAUUCUAAAGAUGAUUAUAUCAAAUAUUAUUUUAAAUCAAAUAGAUUAGAACAUACUUUAGAUUUAAUGUGUACAUUAUUUACUAAAAUUUUUUGUGGGAAAAAAAUAUUAUAUGAACAAGAAUAUUGUAGUAGUCUUAAAACUGCUAAUGUUCUCAGUGAUAAUUUUAAUAACUUCUUAUUUUGGUUUAUUGUAGAACAUCCAAAAAUGCCAGUUGUUGAUUUUAAUGAUUCAAUUUACAAUAAAUUUAUUCAAGCAUUGUCAUUAUGUUCUAAUUCAUUACCAAUUCUUAUUAAAGAAGGAACACAUGUUGAGUAUGAUAAUUAUUAUUUUGAUUCUACAAGUUAUGUUACUGAAAAUUCAAUUGAAAUGAUUGAAGCCAUUGUUGAUACUGCUUCAAUAAAUUCAUUGUUCAGUCAUUUCCCUUUAAUACAUUCUCAAGUAAUGAAAUCAGUCAGAAAAUAUUUAGUUGAUGUACCAAUAAUUAAUGUAGAAGAUGAACAAAUUCAUUUAAGACUUUGUGGAAAAAAUCAACCAGUAUCACCUUUAAGUCCUUUACUUAAUUUUUAUUGUGAGGUAUUAUUACAUUUAAAUAAAAACAAUAAAAAGCCAGAAAUAUCAAAUGAAGAUGCUUUAUUAUUAAUUGAACAUGUAAUUUUAUCUCAGGUAUUUAAAGAACAAUAUAUUAAUGGUGAUUGGGUAAGAAAUGGUGGUGAAGCUGAACAACAAUUCUAUUACUAUGUUAGUCCUUAUUAUUUUCAACCAAUUUUACUUGACCUUACACUAGCUCAAUUACUACUUUCUUAUGUUUCACCAAAACAAUUUUUUUUAACAUCAUUUGUUAUGUUUAAUUUGUUGGGCAUUAAUUUAAGUAAUAUUGACCUUACAAAAAAGUAUCAUCUCUCUGAUCUUCAGAUUGAAUCAUCAUAUCAAGUAACUGGAUUUAUUCGUUCUUUAAUAGAAAUUUCAAGAGAACAAACAAUCACAUCAAAUCUCAGUGAUUCUGAGAUAUUUCAACAAAUGAUUCUUCAUUUUACGGCUGCUGGAAUUUCUGCACCAUCACUAAUUGUACAACAAACUCCAUAUGAUAGUUUACCAUUAGAAAGGAAUUAUGAUGUUGUUUGUGAAAAAAAAGGAAUAAUUAAAAAGAAGUUAUUAUCUCAAAUUAAUCCAGUAUAUCCAUUAUUUGGUCAAAUUCAUCGUGAGUCAUUAAUCAAACAAACAAUUUUUAAUACCAAAUCAAUUAAAAGUAAUAGGUUUGAGUUUGGGUUUAAAGAUGAACUUGUUUUUGAUGGUAUUAAACAACUAUUAAAAUCUAUUUGGGUAUAUAAAUUCUUUGUUCAAUUAAUACAAAAACUAAAUACAAAAAAUAAAAAUUGCAUUUGUGAUUCUAUAGAACUUGGAAUGUUAUUUAUUCAUGACGGAUAUCACUUUCACUUGUUUGAAUCAAAUGAAUUUCUCAAAAAUGAAGAAUUUAAAGAAGUUGUUAAAACAAUUGGAUAUUUUAUUGGUAUUCACAGAAAUGAAUUACCUGGAAGUAAAGAGUUUGUAAAUGAAAUAAAAAGUUAUUUGUUAGAAGGAUUUUCAUCAGUUCCUGAACAUUCAAUAUUGCAAAGUGAUAUUGAAGUGAAAGAAAAACCAAAGAUGAAAAAACAAGAAAUGAAGAAAAAGAUUUUGUUAUUAAUGAAAAAGAAACAAGAGUUAUAUCAUAAAAGUAUUGAAAAGAUAACAGAAAAUAAAAAUGAUGAAUGCGUCAUUUGCCAAAUGGAUGAAAAAAGUCCAAUGGGUAGACUUAUUUUUCUAUCUGGAAAUGGAGGUGUGGAGAUUCAAAGAGCUAAUGAAGGUGGAAAAACGUUUGCACCAUUAAAUGUUACGACAUGUUCUCAUCACGUUCAUUUGAAAUGUUUUGAAGAGAUGAGAAAUGAACGAAGUACUUGUCCUGUUUGUGUAAAUAACUAUUCUCAUUUUAUGCCACUAAGCAGAAGUAUUAUCCAAAAUGGAAAAACAAAAGAAUUUAUUAAAGAAUCAUUCAAAUCAAUACUAGAAAUAGAAAUUGAAGAUGGAAAUUCAUUUGAUGCAAUGACAUGGUGUAUACACUCUACUAUAUCAUCAAUUGAACUUGCCUUAAGAAGCGGAAUUUCAAUGAAUGAAGAAGAUAAAGACCUUAUCUAUUCAAUGUUUUUAGCAAUUCAAAUAUUAUCUGAAGAAUAUGAAUCAAAUAAGAAAUUUAUAAUAGAUAAAAUUGAUUUGGUUGAUCCAUUUUUUGUAUAUAUUACACUUAAGGCAUUUAAAGAACCAACAGAAAUAGUUCAUAAGAGUCAAGUUAAGGGAGCAUUAGCUGUCAUUGCAAGUAAAGAACCUAAAUUACUUAAAGGAAGAACAUUAGAAAAGUUUAGUAAAAAAAAACUUGAAUGUGUUGAAUGUUCAGAAUUUGAAAAAAUUAACACUCUUCAAGAAGCCAUUAAUAAAUUAUGUGAAACUUAUCAAACAAGUAUUAAUUUAUUAAAUAAAUGUAUAAACGAAAAAGAAGAAAAAAUUAAUUUCUUACAAUAUAUAAAUGAAGUCAGUAAUAUUUAUGCAUUAACCAUUCCAAGCAUCUCUCGUCCAUUUGAAUUUAAACAUUUACCAAAAACUAUAUUAAAGCUUGUUAAUAAAUAUUCAAUUGAAAAAUGUUGUAAUUGUCAUGAAACUGAUGGAGAUGUUUUGACAAAAAAAAUUUGUUUAAAUUGUGGUUGUCUUGUUUGUAAUAAUUGUUUCACAGAACAUCGUAUAAUUUGUACGAAUGGAUUUGGAAUCUACCUUGAUGUUUCACGUGGAGCAGUUUGUUUAUCUGAAGAUGAUAUUGAAAAAGGAAUUGUUGUUUAUGAGAAUAAAUACGGAGAUAACUUCACUGCAACUACUAUUCAACAAAGUGAAUUUCUCUUACAAAAUGAUAAAUACCAACAAUUUAAAAACGCUUUUUUAAGAGGUUCUAUUCUUCAAAGUUCUUUGUUUAUUGAAUUUAAUGAAACAAACUUAGAACCAAUAUUUGCAAAUCAACUUGGUGAGAUUUUAAGUGAUGAAGAACCUCAAAUACUCCAAAACCAAAAUGUGGAUGAAACAGAAGCAAAUAAUAAUGAAAAUCCAAACUCUUCUAAUUAA